GGGGACAUUGAUUUCAACUUGCAUAGAAAGCUCGAUGAUUCAAGUUAAUUAGUCCCAAGUCGCUACUGACGUUGAAACACGAACGUUCGUCACACGUGUGGAUCAAUACGAUGACGCCAACUGACGAGCGGGAUGCGCGAACACAGGGAUUACGGCAACGUUUGCACCAACACUUCACUAACGUCACGCAUUUCAUCGACGACAAUCUACGAAUUAUUCAGGGAGCGACAUACGUGGUCGCCGCAGCGGGCCUCCUGCGCGUCUUGCUGAGCGUCAGGGCGUUCACCCGCUUCAACCGGCUAGAUGACGUGCCGGUUGAAUUCAUCCACAAGAACGUCCGGUUGAGGGGAGUCGUGCGAUGGGUUGGAACUCAACCGCCAACUUCCCUUUCAAUUGCAGCCGCUUCCCAGCCGGUCAAACGGGUGGAAAAAAUACCAUCUGUAACCGCAGACUUAACCGGCAUUGCUGGUUCAACCGUUGAAGGACACACAGCUGAAGACGCAGGCGAUAUCGUUUCGACUGCGUCUGGUCCUGAACCGAACUCUUCAGGAGUCCUUCAAGAGGCAAAAACUGGUGGUUUGGUUCAUCUCAGGACUUCGCUGGACGGUUCAGGUGCAGCAUCUGUUGCUCCAAGGUUUACUGCAGAUGCAAUCGCAGCUGACGCAGACGCUUCAUCUCCUACAGGAUCAGAGCGUCUUUCCUGUCAACCCCAGCCCGGGGGCCACGAUGCCACGGCCCACGCGAGGGGAGGGGGACUGGCUGACGGAGGGCGUCAGGAGGAGCUGUACCCUCUGUACCUUCUGGUGCAGCACCUGCCAGUUAUACGUGUGCCGCUGCAGCUGCCAAGUCACCUGCUGCCGGUCAGCCUCGCCGCAGUUGAGGUGACGGCCGCUGCAGCAGCAGACUGUGGUGCGCGUCUGCUGCACCAGCGCGUGUGGUUCACACCAUACUACGUGCAGGCUGCACCCAGGGUCAUGGUCUGCAGCAUCACACUCACCACGUUUGGUUUCAGUAACAUACGCACCAUCAACGAAGACAUCGUACGCAGAGGGACUGGAAUAAUUUCAUUGGUGCCGGACGCCGCCAGCAUCGAGCAGCUAGCGCGACACACACCCUCUCUCAUGGAGCGCUGGCAGCGCACUGCCGCCGCACGAUUCCGUGCACCGCUCGCUGGCGCCGCCCUCGUGCGGGUUGACGACAAAUCUGGACGUGAAAUGUCCAUGCUGUCUCCAGCUUAUUAUAAACUUUAUGAUAAGAUAAAGAAGGCUGAAAUAGACGCUAGGAAAAGGAGGCUAGGAGUUUGGAAGGAUCAUGAAGGAGACACUGAAGGAUGGUUUGUCGUCAGGCUCUGGCAUAGGUUCAGGGCUUAUACGAGGGAUUCUAAGUCUUGAUGCAUCACGCAUGGUAACUAAAUGUGGUUAUUAUUUAAUGAAUUCCAAUGGAAAGCAAGUAAUGGAAGAGAAAAUAACGAAGUAUGUGGCUGCUUGCUCGUAGCGUUCGAUUAAAUGACGUUUCUGUAAAUUUGGAGGUAUUUUGUCUUAUACGAAUUUUUAUCUGGAACCUUUUGGAAUUCAUUCGAGCAUUUUUGAUUAAUUACCAUCUGAAAUUUGAUUUUGAGUGUCACUUUGAUAUGCACACAAUCAUGUUAGUUGUUUGUAUGUUUGAGAUUAUUAUUUUUUUAAGUAUUGGGUUCAGAUAAUGACGAUAUCUUGAACAGAUCUGCAGUAAUCAAAAUAUUACCGAACAGUUAUAUCAUAGAAGCCAGGUAUAAAUUAUGUAUAUAUCGCUUAUUUGCAAACAUCUAUUAUGUUUUCUCGAUAAACUGAGAUAAUGAAUCGUGUUUUCCUGUUACUGUGCUUGUAUUUCCCUUAAUUAUAUGUUAUUUUUCUUCUCAGGGAGUGGAAAUCUAGUCUCUUUUAAUUUUUUUUUGACCGGAAAAUCCUGAAUGAUUUUUUGUAGACGAACCUACCCGGAAAAAAUGGGCAUAACGAAAACGCGGUUAUGAACCGU